AUGUCCUGGGGAAACCACAGCACCAUAAACAAGUUCACCCUCCUCGGACUGUCUGCUGAUCUUAAGAUUCAGGCUCUGCUCUUUGUGUUCUUCCUGGGAGUUUACCUCCAGACUCUGAUGGGGAACCUGUUGAUGUUACUGGUUAUCAGAGUGGAUUCUCAUCUCUUGAAGCCCAUGUACUUCUUCCUGAGUCACCUCUCUUUUCUGGAUCUUUGCUUUUCUUCUGUCACAGUGCCCAAGCUGUUGGAGAAUUUGCUCUCUCAAAGAAAAAACAUCUCUAUAGAGGGUUGCCUGGCUCAAGCCUUUUUCUUGUUUGAUACUGCAGGCACUGAAGUCUGCCUCCUUUCAGUGAUGGCCUAUGACCACUAUGUUGCCAUCUGCCACCCUCUGCUCUAUGGCCAGAUAAUGAACAACCAACUCUGUAAGGGGCUGGCAUGGGGAUCCUGGAGCAUAGGUUUCCUGGAUGCACUUAUCAAUAUCCUUCUAGCUAUGAAUUUGGACUUCUGUGAGGAUAUGUCCAUCCCCCAUUACAGCUGUGAGCUGCCCUCACUCUUCCCUCUGUCCUGUUCUAAUAUCUCCACCAAUUUUACUGUUAUGCUCUGCUCCAUCCUCCUGCAUGGUCUUGGAACCUGUGGCCUAAUCAUUUCCCCCUACGCUCUCAUUGUCUCCACCAUCCUGAGCAUCAGCUCCUCCACAGGUAGAAGGAAAGCCUUCGCCACCUGCUCCUCCCACCUCAAUGCAGUACUCCUAUUUUAUAGCUCAGCUUUCCUUCGCUAUGUCAUGCCAAACUCAGGUUCACCAUUGGAGUUGAUCUUCUCUGUGCAGUACAGUGCAAUCACUCCCCUGGUCAAUCCCCUCAUCUACAGUCUGAAGAACGAUGAGGUGAAAGCAGCUGUGAGAAGGACCUUGAGAAAAUAUUUCCAAUAUUUCAGGCAGCUGACCAGAGGCUCAGUAUGA